UUCAAAUGUUUUCUUUAUUUCAAAUAAUUAUUUUUUGGUUGUCAGCUUUUAAGCUUUAUUACAGAAUAAAGUAGGAUAAUGAAAUAAUCCUCUUACUUGUACAAAAUUUACAUUUUGUUAGAUAAUUUUCUUUUUUUCAACCUGUACUCCCUCCAUAGAGUUGAACUUCCACUGCUUUUAGAAGAAUGGAUUUGUCAGGACUAAACUCAUUUGCGGUUCUUCUCUGGAAGAAUUUUACUUUAAAGAGGCGGCGUUUUAUUGCUUUAGCUGUGGAAAUUCUGCUGAUGUUACUAUUUGCUGGUAUCCUUUUGAUGACACGCUACUUUGUGGGUGCAAAAGACUCCGGACCUCUCCGUUACCCUGCUCUGCCUGUCAGUGAUGUACCUGAAUUCCUCAGAAGUCCCACCCUUUUUCAAAGCCCAUGGCGUUUGGCUUAUCUGCCUUCCAGAAGUGUUGUGGUAAAGGAAAUUAUUGAACAUGUGAAAAACGAUUUAGACAUCGAUUUUAAAGUUCAAGGCUUUUCUUCAGAAAGCGAUUUUGAGGAGCACCUUAAGUAUGAAAAUAACUCUAAAAAAAUGUUUGCUGCUGUUGUUUUUGACCAUGAGUUCAAAGAUAGCAAUGAUCCCCUGCCCCUUCAGGUAAAAUAUUAUCUGCGCUUUAGUUGUUUGCAGAGGAACAGUACUUUUGCGAAUCAGUUUUUUGUUAGAAGCUGGAAUACAGCUUUUCUCUUUCCAUGGAGUUCUUCUGUAGGACCCAGAGUCAAAGGUGACGCUACUGGGGGAGCGCCUGGGUACAUCCGUGAAGGGUUCCUCCUUCUGCAACAUGCUGUGGAUAAGGCCAUCAUGUUGUAUCAUAAGAACCGCGCUACAGAAGAGCUGUUCGAUGCUGUCAGCAUUUUUGUUCAGAGAUUUCCAUAUCCGAAAUAUCGUCGUGAUUUUUUCUUUACUUUUUCUGGUUUUUUCAUUCCUUUGAUAAUCUUGUUUAUGUUUUCCAUGAAUCAUUUUACCCUCAUUCAAUCCAUUGUGUGGGAGAAGGAAAACAGAUUGAAGGAAUAUCAGCUCAUGAUAGGACUCAGUAAUGGGAUGCUCUGGGCUGCCUAUUUCAUCACAUUCAUCUUUUUGUAUUUAAUUGUUAUCCUUUUUAUGUGCAUGACUUUCUUCGCCAAGAUUGAACCUGUUCCAAUUCUCCAACACAGUGACCCAUCUCUCAUCUUCAUCUUUUUGUUGUGUUUUGCCAUUGCCUCAAUAUUCUUCACCUUUAUGGUUAGCACCUUCUUCAAUAAAGCUUUUUAUGCUGUUUCUUUUGGAGGAUUCCUUUAUUUUGCCACAUAUUUGCCAUAUACCAUCAUUUCUCAAAGCUAUCCAAAGAUGACAGUCAUCCAGAAGCUGGCUUCCUGUCUCAGCUCAAAUAUUGCAAUGGCACUGGGAACUCAAUUACUAGUGAAGGCGGAAGCAGAGAAUAUUGGAAUUAAAUGGAAUAACAUUUUGUCAUCAACACAAACAGAUAACUUUGUCUUUGCCUAUAUACUGGGAAUGCUUUUGUUUGAUGCUUUCUUGUAUGGCCUUGUGGCCUGGUAUAUAGAAGCUGUCUUUCCGGGAGAGUAUGGUGUGCCUAAGCCAUGGAACUUUUUCUUGCUGCACUCUUACUGGUCUGGGGAACCAUCUGAGAAGAAUAAAGAAAAAAUCCAAUUUUAUGAAUCAGUUCAAAGCCAGUAUUUUGAGGAUGAACCUGCUAACUUGGUGGCAGGUAUCCAGAUCAAACAUUUGUGCAAGGCAUUCCAAGUGCAGAACAAUAUCAAAAUAGCUGUAAAAAACUUGUCUUUGAAUUUAUUUGAGGGGCAGAUAACUGUUCUUUUAGGACAAAAUGGGGCAGGAAAGUCUACUACUCUAUCCAUUCUCUCAGGUCUCUAUCCUCCUACCAAUGGGGAGGCCUAUAUCAAUGGAUAUGCCAUCUCAAAGGACAUGGUCCAUAUCCGGAAAAGCUUGGGCUUGUGUCCCCAGCAGGACUUGUUGUUUAAUUACUUGACUGUAUCAGAACACCUUUACUUCUAUUGUUUGAUAAAGGGAAUACCUCGAAAGAAACGUCCUAUGGAAGUUGACCAUAUGCUGUCUGCUUUUAACCUGCUAGAAAAGCGUGAUGCAUUUUCACAGUCACUGAGUGGAGGAAUGAAGCGCAAACUCUCCAUCAUUAUAGCACUUAUAGGGGGCUCGAAGGUGGUGAUACUUGACGAGCCGACAUCUGGCAUGGACCCAGUUUCAAGGAGGGUCACGUGGGAUCUCCUUCAGCAGUAUAAACAGGAUCGUACCAUCUUACUGACCACCCACUACAUGGAUGAAGCUGAUGUCCUGGGGGACCGCAUUGCCAUCAUGGUCAGCGGGACCCUGCAGUGCUGUGGUUCUUCAGUCUUCCUGAAACAAAUAUAUGGUGUGGGAUACCACAUAACCAUGGUAAAGGAACCUCACUGUCAAGUUGAAGAAAUCUCCCAAUUGAUUCAUUACCAUAUACCAACGGCUACUUUGGAGAACAAUGUUGGAAGUGAAUUAUCAUUUAUUCUACCCAAAGAGUACACACACAGGUUUAAAGUUCUGUUUACUAAUCUGGAAGAGAGACAGAAAGAGCUGGGCAUUGAGAGCUUUGGUGCCUCUAUCACUACCAUGGAAGAAGUCUUCCUUAGAGUCAGUAAUGCGGCAGAUACACAAGAUAGCCAAGCUAUCCAGACUCCCAUCCAGAUGAUGAACAAAGUCAUAAACAAGACCCAGAAUGUGAAUUCGUCCACAUAUUUUGAGUCAGUAUAUGGUUCCAUCUUUAGGGAAAACUCUACUAUUGUGUGUAAUACUGGGUGGUCUCUCUACCAACAGCAGUUCCGAGCCAUGUUCAUGAAGAGGGCAAUGUUCAGCUGGCGCAACUGGAAGCUGGUAUUACUACAGAUACUGGGACUUCUAGGUGUCCUUACCUUUCUCUUAAAAGCUCAAGACUUUUCUAAUAAGAAUAAUGAGAUUGUCAGACAAAUGAAUUUGCGUCACUAUGGUCAGACUAUUGUGCCUUUAUCUAUUUCUGGGAAUUCUAAUUUGACUGUGAAUCUCUUAAAACACCUUGAGAAUAUGCUACAGUCUGAAGAACAAAUACUUCAGAAGGUGCAAGGUGACCUACUGAAUUACUUGAUGGAAAGUAAAGAUUGUAUUUGCUCCUGCAUUGUUGCAUUUUCCAUUGAGGUGAAGACAAAUGAAACAGUAUUGACUGCUCUUUUCAACAAUGAAGCAUACCAUUCACCAUCUGCAUCCCUGAUGGUGUUAGACAACCUUCUCUUCAAGUCAGUCUCUGGCCCUGAUGCUUCCUUAACAGUCUUCAAUAAUCCUCAGCCAUACCAUGAUAAAGUCGUUGGCAAGAGUACAAAUGGAGACCUUGUGGCCUUUUAUGUGCAUUUUGGCAUGGCCCUUUUAAUUAGUGGUUUUUGUCUCCUGACAGUGACUGAGAGAGUCACUAAUGCAAAGCACAUCCAGUUUGUGAGUGGGAUCUAUGUCCUCAUAUACUGGUUAUCUGCACUAUUGUGGGAUUUCAUCAUCUUCUUCAUUUCCUGCUGCUUACUACUGGUGAUAUUCAAAUACUGCAGAGUGGAUGUACUUGUCAUGAAUUACCACUUUCUGGACACAAUGAUGAUCCUCAUGCUAUAUGGCUGGUCUGCCAUCCCCCUAAUGUACCUGAUGAGUUUUCUAUUUUCUAGAAGUACUACUGCCUACAUCAAGCUCGUCCUGUUCAACUACUUUUCAGGCAUUUUUAGUCACUACAUAGACCUCACAGUACGGUACAACACGGGUAAUUUAAUGUCAACUGACACCAAAAACUUCAUACUUAAUGCGUUAUUGCUGUUUCCCAAUUACAACCUUGUAAAGUGCCUCAGUGAAUAUUUUACUUUCUACCAGAAGAAGCAAUCGUGCGACACUCCAAAACACCCUUCUUCUGACUUAAGUUGUAAUAAAGAAAGUAAGUAUCUUGUGGGUAAUGUUUAUUCUUUGGAAAAGAAUAUGAUUGGAAAGUAUUUGCUUGCAAUGGGUACUUCAGGCUUUGUUUUUCUCCUCUUGAUUUUUUUUGGGGAUGUUUGGUGGUGGAAACUAAAAACAUUUCUCAAUCAGUACGUAUACUUUGGUAUCUACAAGAAAUUCAAUAAGGAUAUAGUUUCCAAGGAAUUAUCUGGGAAAUCUGAAGAUGAAGAUGUAGAAAAUGAAAGGAAAAGAAUCCUGGAGCUGCCUUAUGAGUACCUGAAUACCACAGUACUUAUUAAGGAACUCACAAAGAUAUAUUUUAAUUGUCCAGCCGUUCUGGCUGUGAAAAAUAUCUCCUUCACAAUACAAAAAGGGGAGUGUUUUGGAUUGCUUGGAUUCAAUGGAGCAGGAAAAACCAGUACCUUCCAAAUGUUGACUGGAGAAAUAACUGCUACUUCUGGGGAUAUGUUCAUUGAAGGCUUUAGCAUCACCAAUAAUAUCCUAAAGGUGAGAUCGAGAAUUGGCUAUUGUCCUCAAUCUGAUGCCUUGCUGGAGUACAUGACUGGUCGGGAAAUAAUGAUCAUGUAUGCCAGAAUAUGGGGAGUCUCUGAGCGCCAGAUUCACCUGUAUGUGAACAACUGGUUGAACUCACUACACCUGGAGUCCCAUGCUGACAAGCUUAUCCACACCUACAGUGGAGGAAACAAACGUAGACUGAGUACUGUUAUUGCCUUAAUGGGAAGGCCCUCAGUCAUCUUCCUGGAUGAGCCAUCAACUGGCAUGGACCCAGUAGUUCGGCGCCUGCUCUGGAAUCUAAUAACACAGACACGUGAAUCUGGCAAAGCCAUCAUCGUAACCUCCCACAGUAUGGAGGAAUGUGAAGUCCUUUGUACCAGGCUGGCCAUUAUGGUGAAGGGGAAGUUGAUGUGCUUGGGCAGCCCUCAGCACCUCAAGAACAAGUUUGGCCAGUUGUACAUCCUGAAGGUCAAGGUCAAACCUGAUAUGAAUAAGGAUAAAUUAGAUGAUUUAAAAAAUUUCAUCUCAACAACCUUCCCAGGAAGUGUCAUUAAUCAGGAGACUCAAAGGGUUAUUAACUACUACAUCCCCAGCAAGGACAAUAGCUGGGCAAAGGUGUUUGGAAUUUUGGAGGAAGCAAAAGAGCAAUUUGACUUAGAAGACUAUUCCAUCAGUCAGGUAACACUGGAACAAGUCUUCCUGACCUUUGCUCACCCAGAUAAAAAAGAUGAUUUUGAGAAAUAGAUACCACGAGAUUCAGUUAAAACCAGUGUCUUUCUUGGACUGCUGUCUACUAUAUCUGGAUACAUAGAGGGACAUUCCUGUGUAUGUAUAUCUUGGUGUAAAUACAUGUAUGUAAUAAAGAGUCCACUAAAGGAGAG